AUGAUUAAAUCAAUCACAGAAUUCACUGAUAACGAUGAAGCAAUGUCAAGAACAAGAAAAUUAGUUGAUUAUAUUAGAACUACAAAACCAACAGAAAUCCUUGUCAUUCUACAACAACAUGAAAAAAUAGUUAGUAUGGGAGAAACAAUUAGUAAACAACUUGAACUAAUUGAUUUGUAUUUGAAAGGAAUUGGUAAAGAGUCAAGUUAUACUCUCAUGACAUAUCAAGAGAAACAAACAGAAAAAAUAAUUUGUCAAGGAAAGUCAUUUGAUAAUUUUAUUGAAAUAAUAAAACAAAGCAUUCAAGUUUAUCCAGAACAAAGGUUCUUUAGUUACAUUUUUCCAACUAUUCAAUUUACACUAACAAAAAUACCCCCUAAAUGUGAUUUAGUAUUGCAAUACUCCUAUCAUUAUGAAAUUAACGAUCAAAUGAAAAACACUAUCAUUAACAAUCUCAAUCAAAAACCAUAUUUUAUUUUCCAAUGCAUUUCUCCUACUAAACACUAUGAUGAUCCAUUUGUAAUGCUAAAUUAUAAUGAUUUAGCAAUACUUCAAAAUGGACUAAUUCCCUCAUCAUACACACUAGGAAAUUAUAUGGAGGAAGUUACAAACCUCGAAGGAGUUCUUAUCACUCCAAUAUUUGAGGAAUAUGAGAAGAUGAGAAUAUUUGCAAGUAGAACAAAACAAUACAAAGUUACACCAUGUCAAGUUACAAUGAAGAACAUUAUCAGUGAUAAAGGAAAAAGAAUUGCUAUCAAAGGAAAUCUGAAGGUUGAUAACAAUGACAUUCCUAUUAUAAUCAAACAAUACAAAAAAAGUGAAUAUUUUUAUAAUGAAAGUUAUUUGGAUUAUCUUGACUCCAUUGGACUAUUAGUCAAAGCAUCAGAACAAUACAAUAAAUAUGUUGACAUGUAUAAUAAUCAACUUAAAGACGAGAAGGUACAUCGAAUGAAACGAGUGAAGUGUGAAGGAAGUCAGAUGUUUGUUGUAACAAAUCAAAUGAUUCAAGGAGACAUAUUCCUACUUAAAGAAGUGAAGGCUUUCAUUGAUAAAAAAGAAAAAAUGAUAAUUGAAAUCUAUCAUGAAGAAGCAGAAACACAAUUGAUUCAAGCAAUCAAUGAGGAAGGAAGUGGAAUUAGAGAUACGUCAGGAAUAAAAAAUAUGGAUGUUUCUGGAGGUAUUUUAAGUAUAGAAGCAUUCAACCAUUUUCUGUGGUGUCAAACCACAGAAAGUAUUAGUGAUUUGAUGAUUAUGAAAAAUGUAUUUGUUAUACUAACAAAUAAUGAAUAUACGAUAAUUAAAGCAGAAGUUAUUCAUAGUAAACCAAGUAAAUAUUAUUUCAUUCAAUAUUCUGAUGAGUUUGAUACAGUAAAAAACAUUUUUAUUGCAAACCACAAUUGUCAAACAAUAUGCACUAUGUUUAAAAGGUGUGAAGAUGAAAAUAGAGAUAUUGAUUAUGAGACUAAUGAUAAAUAUAUUACUCAAUUUAUUCUUUGA